AACACUGCAGUUACACAGAAGCAUGUCUUCCAACAAGUGGAAUUUACGUAGAUGGAGAUCUGUACUUUAAAAGCUUUUCAAGGCUGUUUUUGUUUCAUCACUGAGUUACAAAAUCGUAUACGUUGAUGGAAACACUAAGCAUUGCAGAGGGAGAAUUUGGAGCAACACUUCCCUCCAUAGAGGAGUGCAAGCUGUCCUCAGUGUCCUGCCCUCCCUCUCAAAGAGUGGUGGACUCUGCCAAGCUGACCGACACCAACAGCCAAUCAGAAUUCAUAACCGACUGCAUCAAACCCUUAAGCCCUACCUCUUCAGGUGAAGACAUAGAGGCAGAAUAUCUGAUGGACUGCACAGAUUACACAGGUUUGAACAUACGUGCAAACUUUGAGGAGACGACAGAGUGGAAGACUGGAUAUUCGUUGAGCAGAGUGCAAAAAGACAUGCUAACCAACUUAAAGGAGGAGGAGGAGGAAGAUGGGGAGAGGCAGAGUGUGAAAAUAGAGAUGGCGGUUGUGAAGGAUGAAGAGGGAUUGUGGAAGGAGGAAGUAAAUGAAAGGGAAAAACAUGGGGAGGGACGUGUAACUAAUGAAGCUGCCCAAACUCACAAAUUGGUGAAGAAUGGGGUAAAGUCUGAACAUGGACAACAGGAAGGGGAGGAGCUUGCUAACCUGGUCACUACCUGUCUGCUAAAACAGCCCAGAGUGCUGAUUCACCGACUAGAAAUUGGCAGAAAUUCAGUUCCUGUGUCAUCACCUGCUUGUCCCUUGGCCUGUAAAAGAGAUCAGGCGGUGAGAUCUACAUGGAGACAGCAUGAAUUCUUUCCACUGAGAGGAAAUGGAUCAGCAGUCCGAAAGGGUCAGGUCGUGACCCAGAAGAGGAAGCUGAUUGGCCAGUUUAGACCCCUGAAACUGCUGCCAUCUUCACCAAGGAAAGGGAUCUGUGCUGAUGCCUCCCCUAUUUCCCCUGUCAUCACACCCAGGAACCAAAACACAGAGCAAGCUGCUGAGAUGUCGUCUCAGGUCUUUGCCUGCUCCCAGUGCCCAUUUGUUCACGCAGAGGAAGUGAAUCUUCACCAGCACAUUGCGAAGGUUCACCCAGAGGAGCUCAGCAGGACAGUGGGGUCCCAACAACCUUCCAGCAGCACACAUCAGCACCCCACUCCCCCUAAGACACUCCCCACCCCAACACAGUCCCACCCACUCACUCCAGGGGCCCACACUUGUUCCCAGUGUGGGACAAGCUUCAAAUCCAAAUCACUGUUGACAACACACAAGAACGUACAUAAAAGAGAGGGGACAUAUCAGUGCUCCCGGUGUGGGAAGAGUUUCAUUCAGUUGGGAAAUUUGAAGCAACACCAGCGAACUCAUACAGGCGAACGGCCAUACCAGUGCUCCCAGUGUGAUAAGAGUUUCGCCCUGUUGGGUAAUUUGAGGCAACACCAGCGAACUCAUACAGGUGAACGGCCAUACCAGUGCUCCCAGUGUGAUAAGAGUUUCACUAAGGCAGAUAAACUGAAUGCACACCUGAGAAUUCAUACAGGGGAACGGCCAUACUACUGCUCCCAGUGUGGGAAGAGUUUUGUUCGGGCAGAUUUACUGAAGGUACAUCAGCAAACUCAUACGGGUGAACGGCCAUACCAUUGCUCUCAGUGUGGGAAGAGUUUUGCAAAUUCAAGGAAUUUGAAGGAGCAUCAGCGAACUCAUACAGGGGUACGGCCAUACCACUGCUCCCAGUGUGGGAAGAGUUUCGCUCAUUCAAGUACUUUGAAGCAGCAUCAGCGAAUUCAUUCAAGGGAACGCCAUAUCACUUCACUCGCUUCAGUAACUCACUCUAUUUCUCCAUAAGGCAGUGAACCCACACAAGCGAGUGUCCAUACCAGUGCUUGGAGUACAGGAAGAAUUUCAGCCAGGAAGGGCCUUUUUCUGAACAACAGAAAAUUUGCUGAGUGAGCAAAGGCUGUUUCGUCCUAUAAGCAGAUUCAUGGCUGUGUCGGGACCCUACAACUCCAAAAAGCCCCUGUUGAACUGCUGUUCCCCCAAAGACUAUCCGGACUCCCCAGGCAUGGUUGCAUUCCCCCCACCAGCUCCUGGAUCGCAAACAGUACCCCUGAAU